ACGUCAUAUGGGUAAGAUUACGUCACUCGGGUUGAGGGGAAAAGAAGCCGGUAUCUUUGGAGAUGAAUACGAAAGUAAUCUCAUAUAAAGUCGAUUUAUGAAAAUAGUGUUUUUAACAUUUAAUAAUCGAAGAGAAGUGUAAUAUAUAUAUAUUUAUUUUUUGUGAGGAUGGAUUACACGAAUCAGAGUGGGUUCAGACAGCGUAAGUUACAUAUUGGAGCGUGGCUGUGAGGUCGUGAGGUCAUAUAAGAGGAGGUCUGAGGCGCAGUCGGUGUUCCAGUUCAUCCCAAAGGUGUUCAAUGAGGUUGAGAAGCCAGGGCGAGGAUGAGGGCUCCUGGCUCAGACUCUGGUGAACCCCGUCAGCUUUUUGAUGACACCAGUGCUGGACAAUACAACUCUGGACCUGGCAGCAUGGACAAAGGAGGGAUGGACUACGCAGGACAGGCCAUCCUCUCAGAUCCAAUGUCCAAUCUCGCUAUGGCUUAUGGGAGCAGUCUCGCAAGCCAGGGCAAACAAAUGAUGGAUAAAAACCUUGACCGUUUCAUCCCCAUUUCCAAACUGAAAUAUUAUUUUGCUGUGGACACCGUUUAUGUUGGCAAGAAGCUGGGACUGCUGGUAUUCCCCUAUAUGCAUGAGAACUGGGAGGUGAGUUACCAGCAGGAUACUCCAGUAGCUCCACGCUUUGAUGUCAAUGCUCCGGACCUGUACAUUCCCUCAAUGGCUUUCAUCACAUAUGUCCUGGUUGCAGGCCUGGCGCUUGGCACACAGAACCGGUUUUCCCCUGAGAUCUUGGGGAUGCAGGCUAGCUCAGCCCUGGUCUGGCUCAUUAUUGAAGUUCUUGCUGUUCUCCUCAGCCUUUAUCUGGUCACAGUGAACACAGACCUCACCACCAUCGAUCUGGUGGCCUUUUCUGGAUACAAAUAUGUUGGGAUGAUAGUAGGAGUGUUAGCUGGGCUCCUGUUUGGAAAGACAGGAUAUUAUCUCUCACUAUUCUGGUGCUGUGCUUCCAUCUUUGUCUUUAUGAUCCGAACACUGAGGUUAAAGAUUCUGUCCGAGGCGGCUGCAGAGGGCGUUCUGGUCCGAGGAGCCAAGAAUCAGCUGCGCAUGUACUUGACCAUGGCCAUUGCUGCAGCACAGCCUGUGUUCAUGUACUGGCUAACUUUCCACCUGAUUAGGUAAGAAGUGGAGCCACAUGACGCGACCAAUGAUAAUGAAGGACGCUACCACUACAGCCAUGACUGAAACACUCACUCAGUCCUCCUCAGAAGAGACUUGAAGCAAGGAGAGUCCAUUUGCACAAAUGCAAACAAACGAACAAGCAUUGUGAAGGCUCACAUACAACAGUAGCUGCGUUAAGUCAGUUACGUUCCACUUGUACAUUUAUAAGAUGGACUAUUAGCUUUUUAUGUUUUUUUUUUUUUUUUUUUUUUUUUUGUACGAUAUAGAGUGCAAUUAUUAGUAUAAUUAUUAUUUUUUAAAACAAUGUGAACAUUUGAAAUACAGGCUGAAAAUGUAUAUUUGAGCCAGUCUGCAGAGUUUACUCCAACAUCCAGGUAGCUGUUAACACCAAAUACCUGUUAUAUCUUUGCUUUUGACUAUGUCCAUUUGUAUCUGUGUAUGUAUAUGCAUUUCUCUGCUACUGAUUUGAAGAAAAAAGAAAAAAAAAAAAAAAAGCAAAAUAUGUCUGUAUGAAACUACUGUAAAGUGCUUUAAAGGACUUAUUCAGAUGGUGUGGCAAACAAAAGCCUGACUUUUUUUUGUAAUUAAAACAAUGACACAAUUUCUAAUCUUGUUUUCCUUAAAAUAUCAUGAAAUAAGGAGUUCUAACAGAUUUUAAUUAAGGGAAAAAGGGUUAUGUCAGGUCAAACCGAAGACUAUAUAAAGUGUCUGCCUUCCUACUUGUGUUACAUGACCAUGUACCAGAAGGUGUAAAAGAGCUGAGAGACAAAAAGCUUAUAAGAAUAGGCUUGGAGACAAGGAGAGUUUGCUGUUUCAUAUAAAGAAUAAAACAAUUGGGGUGUGCUGUUAUAAGAAAAUAAUCAACAAUGGUGCGGUGUGCUGUUGCCUGAGGCAAAGUGGAGUUAUUGUUACCAAGCCAAAGUUGAUUGUUUUCCAAUAACAGGAUGUCCCAAAGUGUUUUAUUCCUCAUAUGCCACAGCAACAAUUCCUUUUUUUAUUUUUUAAAGACGUGCCAUAAUUUUUUAUCCAUUUAUACUUGUGUUUCAUGUUGUGGAACCUCCUCAAAACGACUUAGUUCCUGUUGUCGAAAACAGUUCUUCCCUCACAGGCUUCACAAGAAAGUAAAAUAUGGAGUCCUGCAGCCUGAUUAAAUUGGCUGUUUUAAUUUUAUACUCACUUAUAUACUUUAUACUCAGAAUAUUACGAUUGUAGAUUUCUGUAAAUAAAUCAAUGCUACAAUUACGUGAUCAUAUUUCUAAAAGAGACCCGAUAUAAACUCUCUCUGGCUGUUAAUUUAGCUGUUUAAAUGUAAGAGUUUUAUCACUGAGGAGGCAUUUCAAUACAGACAUCACCCUAAGAAACAGUGUGAAAAGCACAUUUGUCAAUUUCUGUCAAGUUUUUUUCAAGAUUCUUUUAUAAAUGGUGUGUAGUUUGAAAAAGUGGUGGGGGCAAUAUUACUCUGAGCAACUUUGAGAAAAUCAGCAGAAGAAGUGUUUCAUCACAUUUUCUGCUAAGCGAUGGUUGGUGCACAGUACCUGUCACAUGACAAUGUGAAUAGAAUAAACUUGGAGCUUUUCAAGAAAUAAAAUGAGAGUAAAAUCA